UCCACCUCAUUCAUAGAAGUUUUGUACGGUCACUUGGCACCAGUAAAAUCUGGAUUGGCAAUAGCGCCUCCCAACUCAUUUUCCCGAGAAAGUUCACGGGAAAAUUCAGUCUAGCACACGGAACACAGAGCCCACAGCAAGAGCGAGAGGGAUCCGGGUCUCGAUUCGUCUUCGAUCUCGGUAGGACCAGAUUGAAGAUUAAAGAAUUCAGGAACGAAGUCACUGAUAUCGUCGAGAAACAGAUUGAGAAAGAGAGGGAUUGUAGAAGCAGUAAGAUGACGGGGAUGGUUGCUAGGGUGAGCAGCGGCGUGUUGCCGGUGAUGCUGCUGCUGCUGCUGCUUCUGCUACCGGCGGGCGAGGCCAUAUGGUUGAAUCUGCCGUCGACAGGAACGAAGUGCGUGUCAGAGGAAAUCCAGAACAACGUCGUCGUUUUGGCCGAUUACAUCGUCAUAUCCGACGAUCAGAACCGCCCUUCCCCUACCAUCUCUGUCAAGGUAACGUCACCAUAUGGCAACAAUCUUCACCAUCAGGAGAAUGUAACCCAUGGUCAGUUUGCAUUUACAACUAAAGAGGCUGGCAACUACCUGGCAUGUUUCUGGGUGGGUGGCCAUCGUGAAGGAAGUGGAGAUGUAAGUGUUAAUCUUGACUGGAAAACUGGGAUUGCGGCUAAGGAUUGGGAAUCAGUUGCAAGAAAAGAAAAAAUUGAGGGUGUUGCGCUUGAGCUGAGAAAGCUUGAAGGAGCUGUAGAGGCGAUCCAUGAAAACUUGAUGUACCUCAAGGAAAAAGAAGCUGACAUGAGGAUAGUAAGUGAAAGAACCAACACUAGGGUGGCAUGGUUCAGCAUUAUGUCCUUGGGGAUUUGCAUUGUGGUUUCAGUUUUGCAAUUAUGGUACUUGAAGAGAUUUUUCCAAAAGAAGAAGCUGAUCUAGACCCGCAAAUCUAAAGAUGGCCCUGGUGCCAUGGAAGUUGUAGAAGCAACACAUUGUUCUCAUAGACUCAUUUCUAAUUACGCGGGAAGAAAUUUUUGAAACAUUUGUAAGGUAUUGUGCUUUUUAUUGUUUUCUUUCAGUUAGCCAGAAAGUCUGUUACCAUUUUCUCCAUCCAUUACAUGUAGUUUGUGACUGUGACUCCAUGUUUUUACCCUUUUCCUCUUCCUCCCCUAUCAGAAAUAUAUUUACAGGAAUCGUGAUAUGCUUUCAGGAUUUUUGAAGCCUA